AAGAUCCGCGAGACCAAGGCAUGUGCACCCUCGACAUCACGUUCGAGCAGAACGUCCAGCCAUCUGGCACGAAAUCCCUCGUGCCCCACCAGAAGCAGUCACAGACCCACACGGCGAACGCCGUCUGCUUUACGCUAGUGAGCGCGGACACCUGGCACAGGAGGCUUGGACAUCUCAAUGCUCGGAGCCUGGACAUCCUUCGGAAGGACACGGGUACCGGGGUGGACUAUCGCGACAGUCUCUCCCCUUGCGGGGUCUGCCAGAUCGCGAAACACAAGCAGUCCCCCCACCCGAAGCAAUCGACUCGCGAACUAUCACGGCCUGGACAGCUUGUGGUCAUCGACAACAUGGGGCCUGUUAAUCCACCUGCGAAAUAUGAAGGAGGCUCCUUCCCGUACGCGUGCAAGAUCACCGACGACUACACGAAGAUGAAAGAAGUGUACCUGCUUCGCAAGAAAUCUGACACGACCGAGGCGGUGCACACGUACAACAUGUGCGUCGCAGCGGCAGGAGGCUACCGGAUCGAGACCAUCCGCUGCGACAAGGGAGGCGAGAACACCGGAUCCGAAUUUCGGGACUACUGCAAGAAUUCAGCUAUCAAGCUCGAGUACGCCGCCACCAACACCCCUCAACAAAUUGGUGUAUCGGAACGGGACGGACAAACCCUGGCCGGAGUCACCCGGUGUCUUCUGAAGGAUGGAGAUUUUCCGCCGUCCAUGUGGGGGGAGUUAAUGCUGACUGCAGCAUACCUGUUGAACAGGUCCCCACACUCAGCACUGGGAGGAGCUACGCCAUACUCGAAGUUGCACAAUAAGUCACCUGAUCUCUCGGGACUUCGGGUCAUUGGAGCGCGCGCCUUCGUACACCACGAGGGAUACCGAACGAAGCUGGACGACAGAGCUUUCGAAGGCAAGCUAUGUGGUUUCGGCCUCGACAGCCAGACCUACCGGGUAUUGAAUCCAUCCAACGGGGCCGUGGUCGAGAGCCGGAAUGUGACUUUCAUCGAAUCUCCACCCCGCUCAGUGCCCUUCCAGUAUUCCACUGAAGCAAACGGGUACGAGAGCGACGUGCUGAGCUUCACCUCCCUGCUGGACAGCCCCCACUCGACGAGCGACCUGGACUUCACGGCGCAGAACGAACUCCUUCGGCAAGAAGUCCGGAAGAUGCAGCAAGACAAUCUCGCUCGGGAGAAGCUUCGCCUAGAACUGGACGGGCACGAGGACGAACAUGGAAACGGGCAAGAUCUCGGCGACGGGGACGCUCCAUCACCACAUCUCCCAUCGACGCCAGCUGGACCGUCAUCCGAGACCCACGCAUCUAGCCCCAGUCCAUCAUCGUCGAACCCGACUGAACCGGACACUUCUGCAUCAACUGGAUCCUCCGGCAUGCGGCGCCUGCAAGUCACCAGAGCCAGCACGCGCGGGAAGCCCACCAGCGACGAUCAUAUCGACGUCAACUUGGUUCCUGCCAAUCUGGAAGUCACCAUGAACGACCGCGGUCGAGCCCAUGCUACAACGGGCCGCGUGGAGCCAUCCGGUCUUUCCUUCACUCAGCUGGCUGAGAUAGCCGAUCAAGCCCAGCUCCCAUGCCCUGGCGAUACUGAGGAUUUCGCCCACGUUGCGGACAACCCCUUCACGGUGCCGCGUGCUCACGCCUACGUCACGACCACUCACGAACACCACGGGAUCUUGGAGGAGACGAAUCAAGCGAUCAAAAUCCCCAACACCUACGACGAAGCCAUGAGCUCCCGCCAGCGCGAAGAAUGGGAAGGAGCGUGCAGCAAGGAAAUGGACAAUCUGCGGAAACACAACGUCUGCAAUCUGGUGCCCCUCAGCAGCGUUCCCAAGGGAGAGAAGAUCCUCGGAACGAAAUUCGUCUUCAAGAAAAAGCUGGACGGACGCUUCAAAGCUCGCCUGGUAGUCGGAGGACAUCGUCAAGAGCCAGGACAGGACUACGGACGCAGCUACGCACCAGUAUGCCGUAUCGGGAGCAUUCGCAUGACGUACGCCAUUGGCUGCCACAACAACUGGCCCAUCUACCAACUGGACGUUGUCGGUGCCUUCCUGAACGCCCUCUGCGACAGAGAUGUGUACGUCAGACCCGCCCCCGGUACAUCCGCCAAGAACUCCGCGACGGGAUAACCCAUGGUGUACAAACUAGAACGGAGCCUCUA